UAUGAACUGAUUGAAAUGGCCGUUUUUGUUGUGCCUAAUGUGGAUGCUGGUGAUAGCUACAAGAACAUUUGGCGAACAGCUUCAAUGAUAAUCCUAAAUUCGCGACGAGGUUAAUUUUGAAACUACUGCUUAGGAUCGCCAGCGAGAAACAGCCUCGACCAGUUCGGGUGGUGUUUGGGAAACGCAUCGCAGACGUACGAAGACCCUUUCAGCGAGCAGGAUUUACUGACCAUUACACAGCGUAACCGACCGGCGAUGACCUCUGAUCUCAUUGUGCAAGCAACCGGCACAGAAGAGAUUAUGCCGCUCAAAUAUCUCCUUUUAGAACCACAAGAUAGCAUCAUCAACAAACCAAAUCUCCGACAAACGGUCAGGGAAACAUCAAGUUGUUAUCAGCAGAACAGCCGUCCUCCGUACUUGGUGGUCUUUACUCAUUCGUCGCCCGCUAAUUUUCAGUUGCGGCAAAAGGUUCGAGAAACUUGGUACAAUCAGAAACAACGAGUUAGGAACCGCAUAGUUAAUUUUUUCAUCUUGGGAAUGCCAUCUGGCAGCCAGGCAGCUGCAGUACAAAAACAGAUCGUGGCAGAAAGUCAUCAGCACCGCGACAUUGUUCAGUUCAACUUCGUGGAUUCGUAUCGCAACCUCACACUGAAGCAUACAACAGCCCUGAAGUUCCUGUCCGAAGCCUGUCGCAACGUAACAUACGCUUUUGCGAUGAAAGCCGACGAUGAUAUGGUGAUAGAUGUGGACACGAUAGUUUUCUACAUGAAGCAGCUAACGUUGAACCGGUCCGCACCGCCUUCUCGUUCACUGUACUGCACCCACAUGGUUUACAAAGAAGUGGUGAAGCGCCAGAAGGACUUUAAAUGGGCCAUUACACCAGAAGAAUACCCAGGUCGGCACUAUCCUCCUUACUGCUACGGCGGUACCUACCUGAUGACACCGGAUCUCAUACCGGAUUUAUACAAC